AUCAUUGAAGUAACAAUAGUUGAUCAUUAUGGUGAACAUAACGUCGAUCAAGACGAGUUCGAAUGGUAUAUGGCAAGGAGACAGUCCUCUCGACUACGCCUUCCCUUUGCUCAUUCUCCAGACCAUUUUAGUCGUCGUUCUCACCCGUUUCAUCGCAUUCCUACUCAAACCCCUGCGCCAACCAAAAGUCAUAGCCGAAAUCCUUGGUGGAAUUCUGCUUGGACCAUCAGCGUUUGGAAGAAACAAACAAUACUUCAACAACGUUUUCCCCACAUGGAGCAUCCCCAUUCUCGAAUCCGUCGCAAGCAUAGGCCUCCUAUUCUUCCUCUUCCUAGUCGGCCUCGAACUCGACCUCUCCUCCAUACGUCGCACCGGCCGCCACGCCAUUGCAAUCGCCGCUGCUGGCAUCUCCCUCCCAUUCCUCUCCGCCAUCGGAGUCGCCUCCAUCCUCCGUUCAUCCAUUUCUGCCACCCAUAAAGUAGGUUUUGGACAAUUCGUCGUCUUCAUGGGUGUCGCACUCUCCAUAACAGCCUUCCCCGUGCUAGCUCGGAUACUCGCGGAGCUCAAACUCCUUACCACGCGAGUAGGCGAGACCGCCAUGGCAGCUGCAGCCUUUAACGACGUAGUGGCUUGGAUUCUCCUUGCUCUCGCGGUUGCACUUGCCGGGAGUGGGACUCACGAGAGCCCGUUGGUGUCUUUGUGGGUCCUACUCUCGGGAGUGGCUUUUGUGUUAUUCAUGAUGGUUGUAGUCCGACCGCUUAUGAGCCGAGUGGCACGUCGUUGCUCCCCGGAGCACGACACCAUCCACGAGCCCUACAUAUGUCUCGUGCUCGUCGGGGUGAUGGCGUCCGGAUUCGUAACGGAUUUCAUCGGGAUUCAUUCGAUAUUCGGCGCUUUCAUAUUUGGAUUGACAAUUCCAAAAGGAGAAUUUGCAGACAGAUUGAUGGAGAGGAUCGAGGAUUUCGUGUCCGGGUUGUUGUUGCCCUUGUAUUUCGCAUCGAGCGGACUAAAGACCGACGUAGCCAAGAUUAGAGGCGCGGAAGCUUGGGGACUUCUCGCACUUGUUAUAUCAACCGCAUGCGCCGGAAAAGUCAUAGGAACAUUUGUAGUGGCCAUGAUGUGUAGGAUUCCGGCGAGGGAGUCGAUCACACUCGGUGUGUUGAUGAAUACGAAAGGCCUCGUGGAGCUUAUCGUUCUCAAUAUCGGCAAGGAGAAGAAGGUCCUUAACGACGAAGUGUUUGCGAUAAUGGUCUUGAUGGCGUUAUUCACCACCUUCAUAACCACUCCAACAGUCAUGGCUAUAUAUAAGCCCGCCCGUAGCAACUCGGCUCAGACCCACCGUCGCCUCCAAUCCUCUUCCCCAACAUCAGAUAACACGAAAGACGAGCUUCGGAUCCUCGCUUGCCUACACGGCCCGGGAAACGUUCCUUCUCUCAUCAACCUCAUUGAGUCUGCCAGGUCCACCAACAAGCUCGGCCGAGUGAAGCUCUACAUCAUGCACCUCAUGGAGCUAAGUGAACGCUCCUCGUCCAUCGCCAUGUUCCAAAGGGCCCGUCAAAACGGCUUCCCUUCCUUCGUAGUGGGGCGACGAAUUGGGCGAACCAGUAACUUAGGCAACGAUCUUCGCGAUCGAGUAGCCGUGUCCUUCCAAGCCUACGGGCAACUCGCUAGGGUAAGUGUUCGGCCCACCACUGCCGUAUCCCCGUUAUCCAACAUGCACGUGGAUAUUUGUCAUGUAGCAGAAGAUAAGAGGGUGACGAUGAUCAUCCUUCCUUUCCACAAACAAUGGAGGAAAGGGGGGGAGUCGGGUGAUGACUUGGAGGAGGAGAAUGUAGGCCAUGCUUGGAGGGGAGUCAACCAAAGAGUGAUGAAGGAGGCUCCGUGUUCGGUUGGUUUACUCGUGGACCGCGGAUAUGGAAGUGGGUUCCAAUCACAGACACCCGGUUCCACUCAAAGAGUGUGCUUCCUAUUCUUUGGUGGACCGGAUGACCGGGAGGCACUCGAGCUUGCCAGCAGAAUGGCGGAGCAUCCUGCGGUUAAGGUCAAUGUGGUGAGGUUCGUAAGGAAAGAAGAGUUGGAACGUAACGACAUCCAACUAAGACCGGCACCAAACAAAUGUAGAGAAAAGAGUUACAGUUUCUCAACUGCCACUAUGAACCGCGACCCUCAGAAGGAGAAGGAACUAGACGAAGAGACGAUAUCAGAGUUUCAAAAGAAAUGGGAGGAUGGUACAAUUGAUUACAAACAGAAGACAUCGAGCAACAUAAUCGAGCAAGUUUUGACAAUAGGUAGGAGCGGGGAACAUGACCUAAUAGUUGUGGGAAAGGGUCGGUUUCCUUCCACAAUGGUGGCCGAAUUGGCAGAACGACAAGCCGAGCACGCCGAAUUAGGUCCCAUAGGCGACGCUCUAGCGUCGUCCAACAGGAGAAUCGUGUCAUCGGUCCUAGUGAUUCAACAACACGACAUAGCCCAUGUCGACGAUGUCCCCGUGUCGAAGAACGAGAAUAAUUCGUCCGAGGUUUAACCUCGGUAUAACUAAUACCCUUUUAAACUCAUGUAGCUAUUAAUAAUACAUAUGCAUAUCAAUUCCCAACUAAA